AUUAGCUAUUAGAGUCGUGGCCAUCAAGCUCUUUUCCUCAAAACUUCCAAUUCAGUAACCAUUUAGCCGUUAGCGAAGAAACUCCGAGUUUCUGAAAAAAGAAAAACGUGUGCGAUAAAAACGUAUUUUUUAGUUUUGAUAUUAUCCAUUCAAAUCAACAUUUCCGGUUGAUGAAACAAACGCAACCUAUACCUCCUUUAACUCUCCUAUAUUUUCUAUUCGUUAAACUCCUAAAUAAAUACUUGUUUCUAGAAGGAAAGUGUUACUCAGGAAGCUAAGUGCACUGGACAUUGCGUGCAACAAAAAUAAUAACAAAAACACCACAGGGAAAGUGCAUUUUCUGUGCCCGUUCUGACGGUGUGGUAAGGGUUGUAAAAGUAGCAAUCCUUUGGGUGGAUUUUAGAGCAAGGGGAGCAAAUCACCUAACAGGUGAAUGACUUCUACUUCAGUGUUAGCAGCGGCAAUUUUAGUUCAUAGUUCCGGUCAAGUUUUUCAAAACUUCCUUCUAAGUGGGCUGAAACUAUAAAGAUUGUGGGAGUAUUAUUGAAGUGUUAACAUACAUACCUGUGUAUAUAAAUAAUUUCGAAUGUUUCUUAAAAAUUUGUCACGAAAAAAAGAAAGCUAAUGUUUGACUGAGAUUUGUAAUUUCGAUUUAAUAUUCGGGGUGGUGUGGUGAGGUGCGGUGCGGUGCGGUAUGGGCAAUGAUACAUUUAUGUAGGCCCCAAGUUUGAUAUGUGUGUUCCACUUGCAUGAAUUUCUGUGCUAGCUCAGAUUUAUGUUGAUUAUUGCCACACGAGUAGACAUAACGUUCACCCCAGUCCCAACAAUUGCAUAUGAAUCGAAAUAAAAUAUGCUACAUAUAGUCUUCUAAACGUUUGUAUCUUUGUUAAUACAAAGCAGCUCUAGAUUUCCUUGUAAUGUAAUUGAGUUGAUCUUCUUAUCUCGUCUACUAAAUUACAUUACUAGACCGGGACUUACCUACUCUUUAAUUAUUAUCUAGGACAAUAAAUAGUUAUGUUCUCGAAACAAAAACAAAAGUGAAGCAUUCUAAAUGGAUUCAUAGUGUGUGAACUAUUUUCCUUCAAAAGAUAGAAGUGCGAUACUUAUUCCGGGUUAUAACUUCCGGUUUUAGAAACAAGUGUAUUUUUCGAAUAAGAACUUUUGUUUAAAAGCAAGGUCCACCGACAUUUUCACUGGAAAAACUAUAGCUGUGUCCAUAAAAAGAAGUGUUCAAACAGUUGAUAAAAAGAAAAUGGUUGUUUGAAUAUGUAGAUGAGUGCUUAAUAGUGAUUUUUGUUAAGGAUAAAGUGAAUACGUACGCGCUGGCUAAUAAAUGCAUAAUGUGAUUCGAUAUGUUUGUAAAAAUACAGCCAUAUUAUCUUUGACCGAAAAAUGUGGAUCGUUUCACAAAAUUGGAUUACUACUGUUGCAGUGGGAAUUUGUUUAAUACUUCAAUUAGAAGCAGCAGUUGAAAGCGCUAUACUGGACUCAAGAUGUUAUUUGGAAGGUGGUGGAUCGGCAGAGAGUUUUUUAGCCAGCGAAGAUCUCGAAGUUGGGGCUUUGAUUGGAAAGCUUCGCAUAAAUGGAAAUCCAGACGAGGAUUUGGGUGACAUAAAUUUGACACUUAGAGAACGCGAUGCACCUGUUGAAAUAGUACCAGGAUCAAAAAAUGUAGUACUUGCUGUCGAGCUGGAUAAAGAAGGAGUAAAAGGGCCAUCAUCAAUAUAUGUCAACGUUAUUUGUGUGAGAAGGCACUCAACAGACCCGAGUUUCGUUAUACCGGUUAAUGUUCGAGUUAUAGACGUCAAUGAUAAUGCACCCCAAUGGAUUGGUACACCGUACACGUUAACGCUGUCCGAGGUAACAGUUCCGGGUACACGAAUUCUACAGGGUGCUCGGGCAGCAGACAUUGAUCAGCAAGGUCCGUUUUCAACAGUUGAAUAUCAGGUGCUUCCAGGGCCAUUUUCGGAUUAUGUACAAUUUUUAAAUCCACUCGAAGGGACCCUGGUGCUAAGGAAGCCUUUGGACUACGAAGUUAUGCAUAAUUUGACUCUCAAGUUAAGAGCACAGGAUCAGGGAACUCCUCCUAAAUUUACUGAUACCAUGCUGCGACUUGUCAUUACUGAUGCUGAUGAUCAAAAUCCAAAGUUUCUGCAAGAAUCAUACCAAGGCGAACUCCCGACUGAUGGUCGUCCAGGAGAGCUGAAAAUUCGUCCCGAGGCAAUCAAGGCUGUUGACCAAGAUGAGGGCAUUUGUGCUCCAAUACAAUAUUCUAUUGUUCAGUCUCAGGACACUAAGUACUUUCGAAUCCAUCCCAAUACUGGUGCUAUCACACUGCUAGCUAAUAUUGGCUACUCCGAUCUUGUUAACGGUGCCACUUUAGUUGUAAAAGCAACCCAAAUAGAUAAUCCGGAUAAAUAUGCUUUGACAACUGUGACUUUGUCACGACCAGGCACACACAGUGACAUGACAACGUUGGCAUUUGUUCAGAAACGAUUUUUCAUGCGAAUUCGAGAGGAUAUGCUUGUAGGCAAUAGAAUUCUAGCUUUGCCGACAAAUAAGCCCGGCAAGCAUUUAAGAUAUUACAUUCCAGAUGCAAUGCAAUCGCAACACUUCAAUGUAGGAACACUGGGAGAGGUAAUUCUACAGAAACCGUUGGACUACGAACAAGCUACACACCAUGACUUUACAGUGGUUGCAACAGAUGGCGUAGCUAAUGCAACUGCAGAAGUAAGCUUGGAAGUGAUUGACGUUAAUGAUUGGGAACCUAGAUUUAGAGAGACCCAUUAUGAGUUUGUUGUUCCCAAAAGUAGCCUUAGAUCACGAGCGGAAAGUUUUGACGGAAUAAUGAUUGGGAAAAUCGAAGCCGCGGAUGGAGAUAGAAAUGACAAAAUUGAACUUUCUCUACGAGGUCAACACGCAGGGCUUUUUGAAAUUGAUUCAUCCGGUAAUCUCUUCAUUCGUCCAGAGAUGGUUUUGAAUGAAUCGACAAUUCAUAUUGUUGCCAUUGCCACAGACUCUGGCGUUCCGCCGCGAAGUACAUCAGUGCCAAUAACGGUGACAAUGAAAGGUGUAGCUUUAGCUCAAACGUCGUGGGCUUCUAGUAUUCUUGGAAUGUUUGGAGUUCUCGUUGGCAUCUUUGUUUUAAUAAUACUGGUCCUCACAUGCUACAUUAUCCGUUCAAAAACAAAGACCAAAUCCCCAAAAUCUCGAAACAGAGUCCACAGUCAAGGAGCUGUAUCGUCAGCAAAUCUAAUGACUCGACCAAAAGUACCUUCUCACAAUGGUCUUCCUAGGGUAAAAACUACUGCCGGUGGCAAUGUUACUCUUACAAACCCCACCACUAACGGACAUGGCGGAUCGGGAAGCAGCCUCAGCGCAGGAGCUUCAACAAUUCUAGCUGCUAGUCUUGAACGAGAAGCUCAACGUGAACGGGAACGGCAGCGCGAACGUGAUAAUUAUGCGGCAACAGUGAGAAGUAUUGUAUCUAGGGCGUCCGCUAACGGCCAACUCUACGAUGGCGAAAUGGAGCGACAUUCGAUCGCAAUCCACGAGACUGUAGAACAUAAUUUAUCCGAGAAUAGCAGCAAGAAGGCAGCGUGGGAGCCGCACAAGUCGAAUUUAUUAUCAGCUACAGAAGACAUGGGUUCAUCGGAGAAUAAUUUAACAGUUUAUUUUUAAAAAAUCAAUAGAAGUGCAUGUACCAUUUUUAUAACCUGUAAAAUACUCUCCUUCGUAUAGGAUCUCAUUUAUUUUUUGUAAAAAGUAUUGCAUGUGGCUAGAUUUAUGAAGCUAGCGUGAUCGUUUUUUGUUACGUUUAAUUUAUUCUUGGAAAAUUGAUAGAGCUUAAGGACAUAACAAAAUUGCUUCCGAAAUAAAAACAAUUUUUUUACACUAAAAAUAAUAAAAAUCUUCAU